AUGAAGGACCAGGAAAUGCAGAACAGCACAAACCCCGAGCUUCCCCAGAGCUCCUCCACUCCGUCACCCAGCCAGCAACAAGAUCCAACGCUCUGCGGUACAUCUGAUCCAAGUGGUCCCACCACCCCUGGCACCGAAGGAGAGGGAGCCAUCUGUCAUCCUCCUGGUGUGUGUGAUGUGUCAGAGGAGCUAAGCCGGCAGUUUGAAGACAUUUUAAAUACAUAUUGUGUGGAUGCUGGUCAAGAAGGGGUUGCAGAUCCUGAAGAGACUGACAAAGGUCCUCCAGAAUCUAGGAAUGGAGAAGCAGAAACAGUGGUGCCAGAGGUCAAUGGAGAAAAGGAGGAAAUGCGAGGUGCAGAAGACAAUAGAACUAUUAAUGAAACGGACAAAGAUCAAAAGCGUGUACAAGAUAAGAAGAAAUCAAAGGGGCUUGGUAAGGAGAUCACACUACUUAUGCAGACUUUGAACACACUGAGUACCCCAGAAGAGAAACUGGCUGCUUUGUGCAAGAAAUAUGCAGAAUUGUUGGAAGAGCACAGGACUUCCCAAAAGCAAAUGAGGAUUCUUCAGAAAAAACAGAGUCAGCUUAUUCAAGAGAAGGACCAACUACGCAAUGAACAUAGCAAGGCCAUCCUAGCUCGUAGUAAAUUGGAGAGUCUGUGCAGAGAACUACAAAGACACAACCGCACACUGAAGGAGGAAGGGGUACAAAGAGCCCGAGAGGAGGAAGAAAAACGGAAGGAGGUAACCGCUCACUUUCAGGUGACCCUCAAUGACAUCCAAUCGCAGAUGGAACAACAUAAUGAGCGCAACACUAAGUUACGUCAGGAAAAUGUGGAGCUGGCUGACAGGCUUAAGAAACUGAUUGAACAGUAUGAGCUCAGGGAGGAGCACAUUGAUAAAGUAUUUAAACACAAAGACCUUCAACAGCAGCUGGUUGAUGCUAAACUGCAGCAAGCUCAAGAGAUGCUGAAGGAAGUUGAGGAGCGUCAUCAGCGAGAAAAAGACUUUCUCCUAAAAGAAGCGGUGGAAUCCCAGAGAAUGUGUGAGCUCAUGAAGCAACAAGAAACCCACCUCAAACAGCAACUGGCUCUGUACACGGAGAAGUUUGAAGAAUUUCAGAAUACACUUUCCAAAAGCAAUGAAGUUUUCACAACCUUCAAACAGGAAAUGGAAAAGAUGACAAAGAAGAUCAAAAAGUUGGAAAAGGAGACCACUAUGUAUCGCUCCCGAUGGGAAAGUAGCAAUAAGGCUCUAUUAGUGAUGGCUGAAGAGAAAACUCUACGUGAUAAAGAGCAAGAGGCUUUGCAGGCCAAAAUCCAAAGAUUAGAGAAACUCUGCCGGGCUUUACAGACAGAACGUAAUGACCUUAACAAGAAGGUGCAGGGCCUAAGUGGACCACAGGUCUCUUCUGUGGAGACCACCGAGGAUUGUGUGAGCUGUGCAACAGCUGCUAUCAGUGAGAAUGUAGAACUGAACAGCAGUGAUGUGUGUGGGCAAAAUGCACUUCAAGCAGCACCACCACUGCCUCCUCUUCCACCUGCCAUGCCUGAGUAA